GUUUUGCGAGACUGUAGUCGUGGAGUGGAGGAGACAUAAAGAUGGCUGCUGCCAAUUUGCUAUCGAUGAAUCAGUAUUGGAAAACAUUCGAUUUGCCACAAUUACAGAGAGAACUUGACAGUACAGCUACAGACUUGGCCAACAGACAAGAUGAAGGUGAUUCUUCAAGAAAAAGAUUGAUUGAUCAGUCAAGAGAAUUCAAAAAAAAUACACCAGAGGAUAUUAGAAAAUCGGUAGCGCCAUUAUUAAAAAGCUUCCAGCUAGAGGUAGAUGCAUUAUCAAAGAGAAGUAAAGCUGCCGAAGCAGCGUUCCUGUCAGUUUACAAGAAACUUAUUGAUGUCCCAGACCCUGUUCCAGUGCUGGAACAUGCAAUGCAAUUACAAAAGAAAAUGCAGAGGGCUCAGGAUCUGGAGAUUGAAAAUCAAAAAUUGAGAGAAACCCUAAAUGAGUAUAAUAAUGAGUUUGCAGAAGUAAAAAACCAAGAGGUAACAAUAAAAACAUUAAAAGAAAAACUGAAAGAAUAUGAAGACAAGAUGGAAGCUGUUGCCCAGGCCAGGGCGAAAGAAAAAGAAAAAGAAUUACAACGUGAAUUUGCUGAAAAAGAAAGACAACUUCAAGAAACACAGCUCUCUGUUGCAACAAAACUGGGUGAGGCUGAACUGAAAGUUGCUACUCUACAAAGUGCCAUGGACACUACACAGUCUGAGCUAUUUGAUUUAAAAGCCAAAUAUGAUGAACAAGCAGCUGCCAAAUCUGAUGAAAUGGAGAUAAUAAUGACUGAUCUAGAACGCGCCAAUCAACGAGUAACAUCUUCAGAGAAAGAGAUUGAAUCCUUGAAAUCACAGUUACAGUCCACAAGUGAAACAUUGAGACAAGCAGAACAGAUGCAGAAAGCACCAAACAUGGAGCAAGCCAUAGAUAUAUUAACAAGAUCCAGUCUUGAAGUGGAACUGUCUGCUAAGGAAAAAGAAGUUUCACAGCUCGUAGAUGAUGUUCAGAGAUUACAAGCUGCCAAUACUAAGUUACGAGAUUCAUCAUCAACACAAAUCGCUAAGUUAGAAGAACAGAUUUCUCAAAAGGCUCUUGCAUUGAAAAACCUUGAAGGAAAGAUUCAAAACCAAAAUGAUUAUGAAGAAAUGAAACGAGAACUGACAAUCAUGAAAUCAAUGGAGUUUCAGUUACCUGAAGAUGACACCUCUAAUCAACAAAAAUCACUAGAAAUGUUACUAUUGGAAAAGAACCGCGUCUUACAGUCAGAGAAUACAUCCAUGAAGUUGGCAAAUGCAGAGAUGAGCAAUCGCUAUGAUACCUUACAGAAAGACUACGGUGAAGUGGUGAGUUCGGUGCAAGAACAGAAAGAGUUGGUAGCACAACUAGAGAAAGAUCUACUGAGUGUGAAUGCUGUGUCUGCAUUGUACAGAGGAGAGGGAGAGGGUCAGGCUCAACCCAACAUCUCAAGUGAAUUGGUAGCUGAUGCUGUCAGAGAUUCCGCCACCUUAGAUGUAUCGUUGCAAAAACAACACAUCAGAACAUUACAACAUCACAUCAGAAGCUUAGAACAACGGCAGACUGUAGCACAUGCACCACCUGAGCCAUCACCAGGUACAGCUGAUUCACUACUGCCAAUUAUAUCAAGUCAAAGAGAGAGAUUUAGAGUCAGAAACCAGGAACUAGAAACUGAAAAUCGUCAUCAACAAAAACAGAUUCAAGUAAUACAAAAUGAGUUGGAUUCCUUGAGAUCAGACAAUGUUAAACUGUACGAGAAAAUCAAGUUUCUACAAAGCUAUCCGUCAAGGAGUUCUCCUCGUCCAGAUGACGGAACUGAAAGUCGCUAUUCGUCCCAGUAUGAGGAGAAAUUAGAUCCGUUCUCAUCUUUCAGUCGAAAGGAAAGACAGAGAAAAUAUAUGAACUUAAGCCCUCAUGAUAAAGCGACUUUAAGUAUGGGACGUUUUAUCUUAUCGAACAAAAUCGCCAGGACCAUCACGUUCUUCUACACUAUCUUUCUACAUUGCUUGGUUUUCUUAGUUCUGUAUAAACUGGCCAACACUGCAGCAUGCAAGAGAGAUAUGUAUUCUGACUGUGCUCAAAGAUUUGCUGAACAUAUGAAAGAGUUCCAUGAUGAUUUUGAUGAUGCUCAUUAGUAACAUUGUCAAUACAGACUUGUACCAUCGUCCACAUUUAUCAUUAUAUUGGAAAGACUGGAUUGCAUAAUAGACACAACUUGAUGUAGAUUAUUUUAAAAAUUGAUGAAGCUGUAUUGUCAUACAUUGUAUAUGGAAGGUUGGCACAGUGUACAUGUACAAUGUAUGUGUUGUGAGAUACUUUGUUCUAAACUGAUCAACAUUUAUCAAGAUCACAGUUCUUCAAACAUUUGCAUGUAGUGGAUUGUAUAGAAACAAGUUAUUUUAUGCAGACUUGGUCAUAUUUUCCUAUAAACACCAAGUCCAGGUUGUCAAGAUGUACAUCACAUAUAUUGCGUCUACUCAGAAGCCAAAUAUUGAUAGUAUCAAUUAUUAACACUGAUAGUUAAAAUGUGGAAAUCCUGGAUAGCAUUCUGUGCAAUCAUUUUGCAACUGAUAUUACACAUAUUUGCAAAAGUCAAUUCUUUGGCUGCCAAUUACUGUAUUUGCAUAUAUUGCCAAUUACUGUAUUUGCUCUAUUAGAAGCGCAUCUUCUAUUGAAGUAUACACAAACUAAAAAUGUUAUUUGUCUGCUGGGUUAUUGAAAAACAACAAAUUUUGACCAUAAACACACCUAUCAUCUAUGUACGUAUGUACACACUACUAUUAGAACAAAUACAGUAACAUGAAUACAUGUAAAUCGAAAAUUGACCAUCCUUGAUAUGGUAUAAUAUCUCUCUACAGAAUGUGUUUAAUAUAUACUUUACCAGAAACUAAAAAGAAAGACAGGGGGUCACCUAAUUUUGCCAGGUGUAUACCAUAUAUUUAUUCAACGCGGUGAUCUGCAUGUUUUUGUAGAUAUUACAUUAUUUACAGUCUGACAUGGGUAUUGGCAUGCUACUUACAAGUAAAUACACAAAGGUUUCAGAGAAGAGGUUCUGCAUGGUUUAGGGUGCAGGUGUGUGGAGAAAAGUCAAUUCAUUUCAAACAAGCGGUGAUUUACACAAUUUUGAUGACUCCGGGUGAAAUUUUUUUUGAGAGUUGUGUGGGUUAAAGAAUAUAAGGAUCUUGUAAAGUGCACUAAUAACUUUGAUUUGGUCUGUACUGAUAGAUAAAUCAAAGACAAAUGUCAAUCCACCAUUUAAAGUUCUCCUUAGAAAAAAAGGAAUGAGGCUGAUGUAUUACGCCAAGUCCAUGCUGUCCAUCAGUUUACAAGUCUUAUUUUGGAUUGCACAUCACAAUUUCCUGUUCACAUGGUCACGUUAUUUUAUGACCGAUCAUUUUACCAGUUGGACUGGCCUUUAACCAAUGAUAUUUGUUUUUAUGAGAUUUUCUUGAAUGAAAUGUUUUAAGAUAAAUAUUUAAGUGGAAUAACAAUAGGGGAAGAUGGCUUUUUGUUCAUUGUACAUAUAGUAUGGAAAUAAAUCUUGAGGAAUUAAAUUGCA